UUCUCGUCUCAGAACUAACCAAGCGGGCAGCGGUGCGGGGGGGGGGGGGUGUGUGUGUGUGUGAAGCAAACCACGGAACGAAGAUUGGGAUUCCGUCUCCGGAGACGCACCACGGUCAAAAGCAGCAUCGGUGGACACAGACCUAAGGCAACGAGGACCUGCUGUCGUCCCCCCGCCAGAGCCGCCCGCGCCAUGAACUGCCGCGCGGAGGUGCUGGAGGUGUCAGUGGAGGGUCGGCAGGUGGAGGAGGCCAUGCUGGCAGUGCUCCACACUGUCCUGCUGCACCGCAGCACCGGCAAGUUCCACUACAAGAAGGAGGGCACCUACUCCAUCGGCACCGUGGGCACCCAGGACGUGGACUGCGACUUCAUCGACUUUGCCUACGUCCGCGUCUCCUCCGAGGAGCUGGACCGGGCUCUCCGCAAGGCCGUCGGGGAGUUCAAGGACGCCUUGCGCAACUCGGGCAGCGAUGGGAUGGGGCAGAUCUCCCUGGAGUUCUACCAGAAGAAGAAAUCGCGCUGGCCCUUCUCGGAUGAGUGCAUCCCCUGGGAGCUGUGGACCAUCAAGGUGAACGUGGUGAACCUGGCUAACGAGCAGGAGAGGCAGAUCUGCCGCGAGAAGGUGGGCGAGAAGCUCUGCGAGAAGAUCAUCAACAUCGUGGAAGUGAUGAACCGCCACGAGUACCUGCCCAAGAUGCCCACCCAGUCGGAGGUGGACAACGUCUUCGACACCAGCCUGAAGGACGUGCAGCCCUACCUCUACAAGAUCUCCUACCAGAUCACGGACUCCCUGGGCACCUCGGUCACCACCACCAUGCGCCGGCUCAUCAAGGACACGCUGGCUCUGUAGGACUGGGUGCCACCAAGGUGGCUUCACCCAGCGUGGUGGCACCUCUUUGGCACAGCCCCUGGCUCUUUGGGACAGCGUCGCUGCUUGGAUCCCUCCUCUCCACCUCCAAAAAGCCUCUGCGAGGAGCCAGACGUGACCUGGCCCUUAAUUGGGGGUUGCUGCUGGUCCUGGUUGCCGUGGGGCGCUUGCCCGUCCUGGAGAACCAGCUGGGCGGUGAGUCCUCGGGGCGGGAUGUGCCACUUAGCAGAGCGGUGCUGGGUGUCAGCGCUGAGGAGGGGGACACACACACACACCAUCCGAACCCCAUCCUGCCCGGCUUGCGGCCAUUCCAACUCUCCAGUGCCACCCUUGUAACUGCCUGUCCCCCUCCAACUCCUACUGGGACUGAGCCGCUUCCCUGUGGGGCCCAGAGAUGAGCUCGCUGCCUCCCUGGGGGCAAAAAUAAAGUAUUUCUCCUUUCACGUGGAA